AUGAUGCCUGUAAGAAGAAAAAUAUCCCCGAGGCAAAUGGAUAUACUUCUAGAGUUUGCAGAGUCGAAUAGCGACAUAGCUUUAGGUCGCUUAACAGGCGGACCACUAGCCCAUCAGGCUACCCGGCAAGCUUGGGUUUCAGUAGCCAACAAAUUAAAUGCUAUAGCGGAAGGUUCCACAAAAACGGCAGACCAGUGGCGUCGCUAUUGGAUAGAGUUUAAGGCGAAAACGAAAUCCAAAGCAGCAGACUCUAGAAGGAAUGCCUCAGCAACUGGUGGAGGGCCUAACAAACUCGUUCCUCUUACUGAUACAGAAGAACGAGUGCUGGCAAUAAUUGGUACGGUAGCGGUGGAGGGUUUGCCUGGUGUGCGCCUGCCUCUUGAUAUACCUACAGCAGAAGGGACUCAGCCUCCAGGUACCUCAGAGGCUGUACCAGCCAGCCCCAGUACAGCUUCACCUAUGCCACAUUCCUCAGCUCCUUGUUCCGAUAUUAUAUCUCCAGAACCUCCAAUGGAUGUGGAAUGGCUUGAAGAAGAAACACAGAGCCCACUUCUCCCAGACACAGAGCCCCCUGCCCCAGCCACAGAGCACCCUGCCCCAGCCACACAUACUAUACAGUCAGUCAAUCCACCUGAAGUUGCAUCACCAAGAGAAGAAAGGCCUCCCGUGCACACGACACUGCCUACCCAAAGGUCGACAUCACGUAGUCAAAUACGUCGAGAUGAGCGAGUGCCACGAUGGGCCUACGACUUGGAGGAAAGACGCAUUGCUGUUGAGGAACGCAUUGCAUCCGCAUUGGAGGCCAUGGUGGAGUUAAUGAGGGAAAUAAAAUGUUGCCAUAUCUUAGAGUCAUCAAGACAUCAAGAGAAGCCU